UCCCGACGGCGGCAGGGACAGUGCCGCGGCGGCCCGGGCGCGGCGAACGGGGAGUCUCCGGGGCUCCAGGAGCGGGCAGCUCGUGCGCUGAGACGGGAGGGGCUCCAGGCUCCCGGGCGCUGUGAGCGGCGAGGCGGCUCCGGGUCCAAGCGAGCGGCUCAGGCGCUGUGAGGAGAAGAGACGGAGUCCGGUCCCCGGGCGCUGCGGUCGACUGGCCCCUGCGGCGCGCGGCACGGACUGAGCGGACAUGGCCACCAUGGAGAAACUGAUGAAGGCCUUCGAGUCCCUCCGCUCCUUUCAGCAGCAGCAGGGGCCGGCUGCCAUCCCCGAGGAGCCGCUCCAGAGAGCAAAAAAAGAACUUUCAACUACCAAGAAAGAUCGAGUGAAUCACUGCCUGACAAUAUGUGAAAACAUAGUUGCUCAGUCUCUAAGGAAUUCUCCGGAAUUUCAGAAACUGCUUGGUAUUGCUAUGGAACUCUUUCUUCUCUGCAGUGAUGAUGCAGAGUCUGAUGUCAGGAUGGUUGCUGAUGAAUGUCUCAAUAAAGUUAUAAAAGCUUUGAUGGAUUCUAACCUUCCUAGGUUACAGUUAGAACUCUAUAAAGAAAUUAAAAAGAAUGGUGCUUCUCGAAGCCUACGUGCUGCAGUUUGGAGGUUUGCUGAGCUUGCCCAUCUAGUUCGACCUCAGAAGUGCAGGCCAUACUUAGUCAACCUAUUGCCCUGUGUAACACGAAUAAGUAAGCGGCCUGAAGAAUCGGUACAAGAGACACUGGCUGCAGCAAUACCAAAAAUCAUGGCAGCAUUUGGCAACUUUGCAAAUGACAAUGAAAUCAAGGUUUUAUUGAAGGCUUUCAUUUCUAAUCUUAAAUCCAGUUCUCCUACCAUCCGUAGAACAGCAGCUGGAUCAGCAGUGAGCAUCUGUCAACACUCACGCAGAACACAAUAUUUUUAUACCUGGUUACUGAAUGUGCUUUUAGGUUUGUUGGUUCCUGUGGAAGAUGAACACCCUACUCUUUUAAUUCUUGGAGUACUGCUCACACUAAGGUAUCUAAUGCCAUUACUGCAGCAGCAAGUAAAGGAUACCAGCCUGAAAGGCAGUUUUGGUGUAACACGAAAAGAAACAGAGAUUUCACCUUCUCCAGAUCAACUUAUACAGGUCUAUGAAUUGACUUUGCAUUACACUCAGCACCAGGACCACAAUGUUGUGACUGGAGCUUUAGAACUAUUACAGCAACUUUUUAGAACACCACCGCCUGAUCUUCUUCAUGCCCUGACCACUUCAGGAGGCAUUACACAGGUCAGUGUAUCCAAAGACGAGUCUGUCAGCAGAAGCCGCAGUGGAAGCAUAGUGGAGCUUCUAGCUAGAGGGGGGUCUUCGUGCAGCCCUGUUCUGUCAAGAAAACUAAAAGGUAAAAUACUUUUCGGCGAAGAAGAAGGCUUGGAGGAUGACCCUGAAACGCGGUCAGAAGUCAGCACUGCAACUUUUGCAGCCUCUAUGAAGAGUGAGAUAACCAGUGAAUUAGCUUCUUCAUCAGGAGUAUCAACAGCUGGAUCAAGUUCUGCAGCUGAUCCCACAGGACAUGACAUCAUCACUGAGCAGCCACGUUCACAACAUACUUUGCAAUCAGACUCUGUAGACGUGACCAGUUGUGAUUUGGCCAGCACAACUACUGAAGGGGAAGAGGAUGACAUGCUUAGUCGGAGCUCCAGCCAAAUCAGCACUGUCCAGUCAGACCCCACUAUGGACAUGAAUGAUGGCACGCAGGCUUCUUCACCAGUUAGUGAUAGCUCUCAGACUACCACAGAAGGUCCAGAUUCAGCUGUGACCCCUUCGGACAGUUCUGAAAUUGUUUUAGAGGGUACUGAAAGCCAGUAUUCUGGAAUGCAGAUUGGACAGCUGCAAGAUGAGGAAGAUGAAGCUGCAAAUGUUCUCCAUGAUGAAUCCUCAGAUCCUUUCAGAAAUUCUUCCCUUGCCCUUCAGCACCCACGCUUAUUGAAAAACACGGGCCAUAGCAGGCAGCCUUCUGACAGCAGUGUAGAUAGAUUCAUGGCAAAAGAAGAAGCAGUAGAAUCUGGUGAUCAUGAAAAUAAGCCUUCCAGAAUAAAGGGAGAUAUAGGUCACUACACAGAUGGAAAUUCUGCUCCUCUGGUUCACUGUGUUCGUCUCCUAUCUGCUUCUUUUCUACUUACUGGGGAGAAAGGUGCUUUAGUUCCUGAUAGGGAUGUGAGGGUCAGUGUAAAAGCGUUGGCAGUAAGCUGUGUUGGAGCAGCUGUUGCCCUUCAUCCUGAAUCUUUCUUCAGCAAACUGUAUAAGACACCUCUUGAAACCAUGGGAGAAGAGUAUGAAGAGCAGUAUGUAUCGGAUGUUUUGAACUAUAUUGAUCAUGGAGAUCCCCAGAUUAGAGGAGCUACUGCCAUUCUCUGUGGAACCAUUGUCUACUCCAUUCUCAAUAAAUCACGGUUUGAUGUGGAAAACUGGCUAGCAAAUGUCAGAAGUUCAACAGGAAAUCUCUUUUCUCUGGUAGACUGUAUACCUCUCUUACAGAAAACUCUGAAAGAUGAAUCCUCAGUUACAUGCAAACUGGCUUGUGCAGCUGUGAGGCAUUGCAUCAUGAGCUUGUGCAGUAGCAGUUAUAGUGAACUAGGUUUACAGUUAAUCAUCGACCUCCUUACUCUGAAGAAUAGUUCUUAUUGGCUAGUAAGGACAGAGCUUCUGGAAACUCUUGCUGAGAUAGAUUUCCGAUUAGUCAGCUUUUUGGAAGGAAAAGCAGACAACUUGCACAGAGGUGUUCAUCAUUAUACUGGGCUAUUAAAACUUCAGGACAGAGUGCUCAACAGUGUUGUAAUUUACCUUCUUGGUGAUGAAGACCCCAGAGUGAGACACAUAGCUGCAGCUUCUUUGAUGAGACUUGUUCCAAAGCUGUUUUAUAAUUGUGACCAAGGACAGGCUGAUCCAGUAGUGGCAGUGGCAAGAGACCAAAGCAGUGUCUACUUGAAACUCCUAAUGCAUGAGACUCAGCCUCCAUCUCACUUCGCAGUGAGCACUAUCACCAGAACGUACAGGGGUUACAACAUGGUGCAAAGUCCAACAGAUGUCACUAUGGAAAACAACCUUUCCAGGAUUAUCUCAGCAGUUUCCCAGGCAUUGACAACAUCAACUACAAGAGCACUUACAUUUGGCUGCUGUGAAGCUUUGUGUCUUCUCUCCACAACAUUUCCAGUCUGCACAUGGACUGUAGGAUGGCACUGUGGUGCUUCCCAGCUGAGUCCUUUGGAGGAAUCUCGGAAGAGCUGUACCAUUGGAAUGGCUGGAAUGGUUUUGUCCCUUCUUUCAACGGCCUGGUUCCCACUGGAUCUUUCUGCACAUCAAGAUGCUUUGAUUUUGGCUGGAAACUUGCUUGCAGCAAGUGCCCCCAAAUCUUUGAAAACUCCCUGGACUACUGAAGAAGAUAUGAAUCCAGGUGCUGCUAGACAAGAGGAGCCAUGGCCAGCUUUGGCUGACCGAACUCUUGUUAGUUUGGUAGAACAACUCUUUUCUCAUUUGCUGAAGACCAUUAAUAUUUGUGCUCAUGUGGUGGAUGAUGUUGCUCCUGGCCCAGCAAUAAAGGCAACAUUACCUUCUCUCUCAAACCCACCUUCUCUAAGUCCAAUUCGUCGGAAAGGGAAAGAGAGAGAACCUGUGGAACAAACAUCUGUACCAAUGAGCCCUAAAAAGGGUAGUGAAACUAAUCCAGCUACUAGGCAAACCGAUACUUCAGGGCCUGCUCCAACAAGCAAAUCGUCGUCACUGGGCAGUUUCUAUCAUCUUCCAUCGUAUCUCAAGUUAUAUGAUGUCUUGAAAGCUACCCAUGCUAACUAUAAGGUUACACUGGAUCUUCAGAACAACAUCGAAAAAUUUGGAGGUUUCCUGCGAUCUGCUCUGGAUGUCCUCUCUCAAAUUUUGGAACUUGCAACUCUUCAAGACAUUGGAAAGUGCGUUGAAGAGAUUUUGGGAUAUCUGAAAUCGUGUUUCAGUAGAGAACCAAUGAUGGCAACCGUUUGUGUCCAGCAGUUGCUGAAGACUUUAUUUGGAACAAACUUGGCAUCUCAAUAUGAUGGCUUAUCAUCAAACCCCAGCAAAUCUCAAGGCAAAGCCCAGCGUUUAGGCUCUUCUAAUUUGAGGCCUGGUCUUUAUCAUUACUGCUUCAUGGCCCCUUAUACGCACUUUACACAGGCACUUGCUGAUGCGAGUCUAAGGAACAUGGUACAGGCAGAGCAGGAACAUGAUGCUUCAGGAUGGUUUGAUGUGCUGCAGAAAGUUUCUACCCAAUUGAAAACUAGCCUUACAAGUGUAACAAAACAUCGUGCUGACAAGAAUGCUAUUCACAAUCACAUUCGCUUGUUUGAACCCCUUGUUAUAAAAGCUUUAAAACAAUAUACGACAACAACGUCGGUACAACUACAGAGGCAGGUUUUAGAUCUACUAGCACAGCUGGUUCAGCUACGGGUUAACUACUGUCUUCUAGAUUCGGAUCAGGUGUUUAUUGGAUUUGUGCUAAAGCAGUUUGAAUACAUUGAAGUGGGACAGUUCAGGGAAUCCGAGGCAAUUAUCCCUAAUAUCUUUUUCUUCCUCGUAUUGUUGUCUUAUGAGCGAUAUCACUCCAAACAGAUAAUUGGAAUUCCUAAGAUUAUUCAGCUGUGUGAUGGUAUCAUGGCCAGUGGAAGGAAAGCUGUUACACAUGCUAUACCAGCUCUGCAACCCAUUGUCCAUGAUCUCUUUGUAUUACGAGGAACAAAUAAAGCUGAUGCUGGAAAAGAACUGGAAACACAAAAAGAGGUGGUGGUUUCAAUGCUGCUAAGACUUAUACAGUAUCAUCAGGUGCUGGAGAUGUUCAUCCUAGUACUGCAACAGUGUCACAAAGAGAAUGAAGACAAAUGGAAAAGAUUGUCCCGACAGAUAGCAGAUAUCAUUCUACCAAUGUUAGCAAAACAACAGAUGCAUAUAGAUUCCCAUGAAGCUCUGGGAGUACUGAACACUUUAUUUGAAAUUUUGGCUCCUUCAUCCCUCCGUCCUGUGGACAUGCUUUUAAGAAGUAUGUUUGUUACUCCCAGUACAAUGGCAUCAGUGAGCACUGUUCAGUUAUGGAUAUCUGGUAUCCUAGCUAUCCUUAGAGUUCUGAUUUCACAAUCAACAGAGGAUAUAGUUCUAUCUCGUAUUCAAGAGCUUUCUUUCUCCCCUUACUUAUUGUCAUGUCAAACAAUUAACAAGCUAAGGGAUGGGGAAAAUAAUGUACCAACACCUGAAGAACAAAUUGAGCUGAAACAGGCUAAAUAUCUGCCUGAAGAGACAUUUUCCAGGUUCUUGUUACAAUUAGUGGGCAUUCUAUUGGAAGACAUUGCUACUAAACAGUUGAAAGUGGACAUGAAUGAACAGCAGCACACUUUCUAUUGCCAAGAGUUGGGCACAUUGCUUAUGUGUUUAAUACAUAUCUUCAAAUCAGGGAUGUUCAGAAGAAUCACAGCUGCUGCCAGCAGGCUUUUUACAGGAGAUGGAUCUGAUGGUAGUUUUUAUACCCUUGAGAGUCUGAGUGGUCUUGUUCAGUUCAUGAUUCCCACACACCCUUCUUUAGUGCUUCUCUGGUGUCAAAUCCUACUUCUUGUCAAUUACACUAACUACAGCUGGUGGUCAGAGGUGCAUCAAACACCAAAGAGGCACAGUCUUUCCAGUACUAAAUUGCUGAGCCCUCAGAUAACUGGAGACAGUGAUGAAUUUGAUUCAGAAUCCAAAUUUGGCAUGUGCAAUCGAGAGAUAGUACGAAGAGGCGCGCUCAUUCUUUUUUGUGACUAUGUUUGUCAAAACCUACAUGAUUCAGAACACUUGACGUGGCUUAUAGUGAAUCAUGUUCAAGAUCUGAUUAAUCUGUCUCAUGAGCCUCCAGUACAAGACUUUAUUAGUGCUGUUCAUAGGAAUUCAGCAGCCAGCGGUCUCUUCAUCCAGGCUAUUCAGUCUCGGUGUGAGAACCUCGCAACUCCAACAACACUAAAGAAGACCCUGCAAUGCUUAGAGGGCAUUCAUCUCAGCCAGUCUGGUGCUGUGUUAAUGUUGUAUGUGGACAAGCUUUUGUGUACUCCAUUCCGUGUGCUGGCUCGCAUGGUUGACACACUUGCUUGUCGUCGAGUAGAAAUGCUUUUGGCUGCAACUUUCCAGAACAGCAUUUCUCAGUUACCAGUUGAAGAACUGGAUAGAAUUCAGGAAUAUCUUCAAAACAGUGGAUUAGCACCAAGACACCAAAGACUUUACUCGCUAUUGGACAGGUUUCGUCUUACAGUAGCACCAGAAACAACUAGCCCUUCACCUUUGGUUACUUCACACCCACUGGAUGGGGAAAACCAACCAGCCUUAGAGAAUGUAAUUCCAGACAAAGACUGGUAUGUAUCACUAGUCAGAUCACAGUGCUGGGUCAGGUCAGACUCUGCACUGCUGGAAGGUGCAGAGCUGGUGAAUAGGAUACCUCAGCCUGAACUGAACUCCUUCAUGACCAGUAAGGAGUUCAACUUAAGCUUGUUAGCUCCCUGUUUAAGUCUUGGCAUGAACGAAAUCUCAGAAGAUCAAAAGAGCAGCCUCUUUGAAACUGCCCAUAGGGUAACCCUAGACCAUGUGUGUAACAUUGUUCAAAAACUUCCUGCCAGCCAUCAAGUUUUUCAGCCAUUGCAGCCAGUUGAGACUUCAGCCUAUUGGAGCAAGCUAAGCGAUAUUUUUGGAGACACAAUGGUGUAUCAGACUGUGAUGAAACUCUCUCGUGCACUGGCUCAGUAUUUGUUAUUACUCUCUAAAUUACCAGCAUCUCUCUGUAUUCCACCUGACAAAGAGAGUGACAUCCUGAAGUUUGUAGUAAUGUCAUUAGAGGCACUGUCAUGGCAUUUAAUACAUGAACAGAUUCCACUAAGUGUAGAUCUUCAAGCUGCUUUGGAAUGCUGCUGCCUGACAUUACAGCAACCUGGUCUCUGGAAUUUGCUGGCUUCUGCAGUGUAUGUGACACAGGCUUGCUCCCUAAUUAAUUGUGUCAGAUUUAUAAUAGAGGCAGUUGCAAUUGAACCUGGAAACCAGCUUCUUAGUCCAGAAAGGAAGAAGAAUACUUCAAAAGGGGUCAAUGGGGAUGAAGUUGAUUCAAAUGUUCAGAAAGCAAAAUAUAUUACAGCAUCUUGUGAAAUGGUGGCUGAAAUGGUGGAGUGUUUACAGACUGUCUUGGCUUUGGGACAUAAGAGAAACAACAGUAUCCCAGCAUUUCUCACUCCUGUCCUUAAGAACAUAAUCGUCAGCUUGGGUAGACUGCCUCUAGUAAACAGUUAUACAAGAGUACCUCCCUUGGUCUGGAAACUAGGCUGGUCACCAAAACCUGCAGGUGAUUUUGGCACAGCUUUUCCAGAAAUCCCUGUAGAAUUUCUUCAAGAAAAAGAAAUCUUUAAAGAGUUCAUCUAUCGCAUUAAUACACUGGGGUGGACCAGCCGUACUCAGUUUGAAGAGACCUGGGCUACUCUCCUUGGUGUGCUUGUAACUCAACCAAUUGUAAUGGACCAAGAAGAAAGUCAACAAGAGAGUAUGAUCACUUUACAGGAAGACACAGAGAGGACUCAAAUUAAUGUUCUUGCUGUACAAGCAAUAACCUCCUUGGUGCUGAGUGCAAUGACGAUACCAGUUGCAGGGAAUCUAGCAGUUAGCUGCUUGGAACAGCAGCCCCGCAAUAAAGCUUUAAAAGUUCUGGAUACAAGGUUUGGGAGGAAGUUAAGUGUUAUCAGAGGAAUUGUGGAACAAGAAAUCCAAGCAAUGAUAUCUAAAAGGGAUAAUAUUGCCACUCACCAUUUUUAUCAAGCAUGGGACCCUGUUCCAUCACUUUCUCCUGCUACCACAGGUGGUCUUAUCAGCCAUGAAAAACUUUUACUGCAGAUCAAUACUGAGCGAGAAAUGGGAAACAUGGGCUAUAAACUAGGACAGGUUUCUAUACACUCCGUGUGGCUAGGAAAUAACAUCACUCCAUUGAGAGAAGAGGAGUGGGAUGAAGAUGAAGAAGACGAGAAUGAUAUGCCUGCUCCUUCUUCACCACCAACCUCUCCUAUUAACUCCAGGAAACACCGGGCUGGGGUUGAUAUACAUUCUUGCUCUCAGUUCUUGCUUGAACUGUACAGUCAAUGGAUAUUGCCAUCAAAUCCUAGCAAGAGAACACCAGUCAUUCUGAUUAGUGAAGUGGUGCGAUCACUUCUGGCAGUGUCUGACUUGUUUACAGAAAGGAAUCAAUUUGAGAUGAUGUACACCACACUGACAGAAUUGCGGAAGGUGCAUCCAUCAGAAGAUGAGAUUCUCAUUCAGUAUUUGGUACCAGCCACAUGUAAAGCAGCUGCUGUUCUUGGAAUGGAUAAAGCUGUAGCCGAGCCAGUAAGCCGUCUGUUGGAAUCAACACUACGCAGCACCCAUAUGCCAAGUCGGAUUGGAGCUCUGCAUGGAAUUCUUUACAUCCUUGAAUGUGACCUGCUUGAUGAAACAGCAAAGCAACUCAUUCCAAUUAUCAGCGAGUAUUUGCUUUCCAAUCUGAGAGGGAUAGCACACUCUGUAAAUGUCCAUAACCAACAGCAUAUUUUAGUGAUGUGUGCUGCAGCAUUCUACUUGAUAGAGAAUUACCCACUUGAUGUAGGGCCUGAAUUCUCUGCAGGAAUUAUACAGGUGUGUGGAGUAAUGGUGUCUGGAAGUGAUGAAUCAACUCCAUCCAUUAUUUACCAUUGCGUCCUCAGAGGAUUAGAACGACUCCUCCUUUCAGAGCAACUUUCUAGGCUGGAUAGUGAAUCUUUAGUUAAACUAAGUGUUGACAGAGUGAACAUACACAGCCCCCACAGAGCUAUGGCAGCCUUGGGGUUAAUGCUGACUUGCAUGUAUUCAGGAAAAGAGAAAAUCAGCCCAAGUCGAGCAACAGAUGCAAAUCCCACAGCUCCAGACAGCGAGUCUGUUAUUGUAGCUAUGGAACGGGUGUCUGUUCUUUUUGAUAGGAUCCGGAAAGGAUUUCCUUUUGAAGCUAGAGUAGUGGCACGGAUCCUCCCUCAGUUCCUAGAUGACUUUUUCCCUCCACAGGAUGUAAUGAAUAAAGUUAUUGGAGAAUUCUUAUCCAACCAGCAGCCAUACCCACAAUUCAUGGCCACAGUAGUUUAUAAGGUUUUUCAGACACUACAUACCACUGGACAGUCACCAAUGGUCCGUGAUUGGGUGAUGCUCUCUCUCUCCAACUUCACACAGAGAACGCCUGUUGCAAUGGCCAUGUGGAGUCUUUCCUGUUUUUUUGUCAGUGCUUCCACCACUCAGUGGGUUUCAGCAAUUCUUCCACAUAUUAUCAGCAGAAUGGGAAAAUCGGAGCAAGUGGACAUUAACCUCUUCUGUUUGGUGGCCAUAGACUUUUACAGACACCAGAUAGAUGAGGAACUAGAUCGAAGGGCCUUUCAGUCUGUGUUUGAGAUGGUAGCAUCGCCAGGAAGCCCAUAUCAUCGCCUACUAACUUGCUUGCAAAAUGUUCACAAGAUCACAGCGUGCUGAAAAUCUUGAUGUUGGUUAAUGAAACUCGGUGGCUUGAUUUGGAAUCUGGUAUGAACGUUUAGAUAAAUAUUAAGGUGCAGAAAGCAGCUGGGAUUUGCUUCUGCAAUGAAUCUGCGUCUGUCAGUUUUAUACUUCAUGCUUGUUUGAAUGGAGAACACUCUGCACCACAGAGAAUCACAUGAAAGGUGUAAUAGUAACAUGCUUGUUAGCAGUGGGUAGCUGUGCUAAAUGGAAAUAUGUAUAUGUUUUAAAUAAUGUUUGGGAUUAACCUGAGGCUGAGUUACUAACUGUAAAAUAUAUGGGCAUAUACUUCUAUGCAGGAAAGCCAGGUAUUACUCUUCUUCCUGAUGUUCAACUUAAGUCACCGUGUUGCAUCUGGUAUUGAAACUCUGACAGAAAUACUCUCUGAGUGCAAGUUUGCAGUCAUUACAAAGUUUAUGUAGAUAUAUAUGUAUAUACACACACAGUGUGGGGUAGUAUAGAUCAGAAAUUGUUUCCUACUGUCUCUCCCAAACAAAGAAAAGAGAAACCAGUUUUCAGGGGUAACACUCCCAGCAUGUAAUUCUUCUAUCUCUGGACUUUCUAAUAUACUGUGGUGUAUGUGUUGGUGGCAUGGGACAUGUAGUGCACAUACAUAACCACACUUUUCUUUUUUUCUUCUCAGGAUUUAAAAUUUGAGUACAAUAUAUCAGUAAAAGAAAUUUUAACUUAAAUAUUUCUAUAUCAUGUAAAGUAUGUAAAAUUGUAAAAUGUGUGGUGCAUGAGAUGUGCUGUAAUUUGAAAUGAACAAAAAGCCCACUCUGCUGAAUGUCUUGACAUCUGUAUUGUCCUCAUUUUUUCAUUGUGUGCU